AUGGACAACUCACCCGUCCCACCACGUCCGAUUCACAUAGACAAUUCAAAAAUACAGAAAGGCCAGCGCACAGACAAGGUACCUGCUGAUGACACCACUAAAAACAAAGCACCAGGCGUACCCCGUGGACGAUAUAAAGAAAAAUUUCAAGUCUUGAGGGAACGCUAUGAUCGAGUCGUAGUGUUACACGACGAAUACGAGAGAGAUCUCGAACUUGCAAAUGCACGCAUGCGAAACCUUCAAGCUGAGAACGACUUGCUUCUUGACGCGAUUAGUCUAACAGUUCCAGCAACACCCUCACUCAUGCAUCUCACACGUCCCUCUCCGACACUAUAUUCACACCCACACCCAGCAUCAGCUCUGCCACCUCAUCAUAUGAACGGGCACGGCGUUUCUAAUUCAAAUGGGAGAUAUCGUCCAGUAGAUCCACAUGACAUCACACCUUCGGAGCGGGACCGUGAUCGUGAUCGUGAUUACCGGGAUAUUCCUCCUGAAACCCCAGCGAACGGGCGAUUGUGA